AUCCCUCUCUGUUGACUAGUACUUGCUUUUCAGUGUGUUGACUGAAACUGCCGCUAGUGUGUUUUGAACAAGACACACACACAUAAGAAGGGAUUCGUGCUUGUCGAGAUGAGAUGUAGGAGCAUUCAGCGUGAGGAGGAAGAAUACCUCGAACGAGACGUGACGUGAGCCAUUGCGCGUUUACAAACGAAGGUUUUCUCCGUCGCGUCACAUCGUUCUUGGUUCCUCGGAAAAGCACUAGCACAAUCAUCAGUGAGAGUGACCAAAUUUAGAGACUUCCUUAGUAGGCCAAAUUAUUCCCCUGAAGUUCGUCCGCAGUUGCCGCGCGUUUACAGCAGAGGCCUCGUACAUUACUACCACCCAAGAGAUUUUUUUCCAGAAUGGGUUCAGAAGCGAACGCCUCUCCAGUCUCAACUCCCGCAUGCUGUCCCAUCCAAAGCGACAUAUCUAUCAGAUCAAGACUUUCGGCAAAGCAGCACGACGACUGUCAGUGCGUGAGUUGCUCUUGGCAGAAAUCGGCAAGGUCGCGUGACGGACUCCGCAUCGCUCUGCUGUCGCUCUUCAUCGUCGUGCUGCUGAUCCUGGUCCUAUGCUGGCAUCAAUCGACACCAUCGGCCUUUAAAGCCGAGGAUCUGCGUGGAAACCGGAAGAUGCAAGGGAUGCCGUUCUCUAUGGUUUCAUAUGCCGAGCCAUCAAGCACAGAAAAAAACGUGAGCGGAGAAACCCUUUCAACGCCUUCAGGGUUCAGCUCGACGAAUCCCUUGCUGGUUUCCCGGCUUCUGGUGAACAUACGAGGGCAUUCAUUGGGUCGAUUGAAAACGUUGCUGCUGGGAAAUUCUUAUCGGGCCAACAAAUAUUUCAGCAUCGACUAAGCCGUGGUAGUUCAGUCAUCGGACAGAAGCAUACACCAGAGUAACCAAGUUAGUGGGAGUUCGCCUCCCCGCAGUAGUGGUGCGGAACAGCUUUGCUGGUUCUGAGUGGAUGGCCUAGUCUUCAUGAGAUUCUGGAGACCGGUUACCAAAAGUUUGUCUUCGCAUCGACCCCACGAGGCGGUUGAUCCAGCCCAACGACCAUUGCCACGUUUCGCAAGCCCAAGCGAAGCCCGUUACAGCGCCUCAUCUCCUUCGUCAAUCUGCUCUCAUGGGCUCUCCAACCUCGAGGGGAUACAACUGCAAAUUGUAGGACUGACUGCGAAUUCUCAACCCACCAGUGAUCAAGUUAUCUCAACGUUCUCAACCAAGACAUUCUCGAGACGUUCUCGAUGUCUUCUCAGCAGGCAUCGAGGCGUCUCGCCUCGACAUGUGCGCGCGUAAUAUCUAGGAUGAAUGUGUCCUCGAGGUUAUCUGUACCGUUGGAUUGGACUGUGGGAUUCGUGUCUGAUAGAAAUGUCCCUUCAACCUUGAGAGCUCAGGAACGGAGGAAACGCAAGCAUGCACACGAGAGCAAGCACAGAAAGCUAGGAAUGGAGAAAUGCAUCAUACCAAUCAGCCGAGUGCGUGCAAUGCUGAUUUUUCGUCGGUAACACCAUCUCGCUCUUUGCGGAUAGCUCCCGACUUCCAUUUUUUCGCUUCAUUCCAUGGCGAAGCGGGCGAGGUCACAAGAACGCCGAUCGUUCUUGCCUCAUCAUGUAUGGGAAACCCUUUGCACGCAAUAUUUUCCUCCGUCAGACGUGAUCGCUUUUUCUCUCGUGUGCAAGGAUUUCAAGGAGAUCGCCUACAAUCAGAGUGUUUGGCGAGAAAAAUGCUGAAGCACUUUCCCUCACUGAAGUCAGUCGAGCUCAAGAGCGAUGUCGACUACUGACGGCUUUUCAUGGCAUGCUGUGCUAGAUUCAGUGUGUGCAGUAUGCUUGAUUCCUUCCUCCGUGUGGAAACGUCAGUGAUACUCCUGGAUAUCAGCUGCAAGGGGAGCAAUGUGCUCUCCAUCGUUCAUCCACUUGAGAAGUGCAGGAGCCAGGAAAGAUAUGUUAGAAAGAGAGAAUGACUAGAAUAGGAGGAUACAGGGCAAU